UUCUUUCUCGGUUUGUCUUUCAUUUUUUCACGACUCUUCGCUCAUUUUAUUUGUUUUCUCUCUCACUCUCCUUCUGCCUCUUGCCGGCGCUCAAAGCCCUAAAAAAAAGUUCCAUCUAUACUUAACUUCACUUGAUCCGUACAGCGAUUGUUAUUUAUUAUACUCAAUCAAAUCUUCUAUUAUAACUUCAAGGUAUGGAGAGUUGCAUCUGUUUUGUUGGUCAUUCGUUUCAGUUUUCGAGCUAGCUCUGGAGGAACAGGAUGAGCAACUUCCAUGAUUUUGGUGUGAAGGAAUACAGUCAACUGAGUUUCAUCUUCCGUUGUUUCAACUGAUUGGCCAAGCUUUUGGUUUAAAUUACAUUUUAGUAAAAUGGAUAGGUGUGAUACUUCAGGAUUUGUCAGUGGGGGUGGGAUACAUGAUUCAGCAGACGUCUAACUUAGUUUUGUAAUUAAUUUUCUUCUCUCCGGAAGUCAGGUUGACUGUUCUGUAAAUUAGGAUUAGGUUUGGUUAUCACUGAGGUAUUUAAGGUAUUACUUCAUGGACAACAGGUUCCAGGACUUGGGUUUUGGUGUUAAUUAUUCUUCAAAUGUAUUCAAAAAUUUGGGCAGUUCAAUGCAGAUUGGAGGAACUGGGGCCGAGUAUGGCACAGAUACGAGCUUACGUCUUGAUUCUCCUGGUACUUCAAUUCCAUACAUGCCCACAUCAAAGGGAAUAAAGCGGAAGUGGAGUUUAAUUGAUGGAUCCAUAGGUCAGCAAGUUGGAUCUACAUUGUCUCUUGGGCUUGGCCGCUCAUCAAGUUCCUCUGAUAGCAAGGGGAGUUCUGCAACUGCCUGCACUACAAUGUCUUCAGCCAAAGAAACUGAUGAAGAGUCUUCUAUGGAUCUUGAAUUGGACUUCACCCUCCAUCUUGGUAAUGAGAAGGUGCCUAGCCCAAAAAGGUUUACUAAUUCAAAUAUCAAAGCAGCAGGAUGGCAGCCAAAGGUUGACUUGCAGUUGAGUCUCUCCACUGGGCCUUCUAAAUCUGAUAUUACUUCUGCUUAUCCAGGUUCCAGCUCACUCAAAAUCAGCAUGGAUAUGCCACUAGUGGUAGGUGGGGCCCCCAAUUCAGAUGAAGGAUCAACAUCAUGCGGUUGGAAAACAGGGAUAGCCUUACCUCUGCUACAGACUUCGCCCAGUAAAGAGGUUGGCUUCUUUCUCAACCAGGUUCCGGACCUCUCUUCGAGUGUGAUAACCACACCAAGAAGCUCAGUCACCUGUACUUCCGGGAUAACACAACAGCAUCAGCCCCAACGGAGCUCUAGUUCUAAAACAUGUCAGGUUGAGGGAUGUGGGAAGGGAGCAAGAGGUGCUUCUGGCCGUUGUAUUUCCCAUGGCGGUGGCCGCCGGUGUCAAAAACCUGGCUGCCACAAGGGAGCUGAGGGCCGGACUGUGUACUGUAAAGCCCAUGGGGGUGGCCGGCGAUGUGAAUUCCUUGGGUGUACAAAGAGCGCAGAAGGACGUACUGAUUUCUGUAUUGCCCAUGGUGGUGGGCGGAGAUGUAGCCAUGAGGGUUGUGCUCGAGCUGCCAGAGGGAAAUCCGGAUUGUGCAUCCGGCACGGUGGUGGCAAGAGAUGUCAGAAAGAAAACUGCACAAAGAGUGCUGAAGGUCUCUCAGGUCUUUGCAUCUCACAUGGAGGUGGUCGUCGAUGCCAAGCCUUAGGUUGCACAAAAGGAGCUCAAGGAAGCACCAUGUUCUGCAAGGCUCAUGGUGGUGGAAAACGGUGCACAGCACCUGGAUGCACCAAGGGUGCUGAAGGCAGCACUCCUUUCUGCAAGGGCCAUGGAGGUGGAAAAAGGUGUGCUUUUCAAGGUGGUGGGGUCUGUACAAAGAGUGUGCAUGGAGGAACAAACUUUUGUGUAGCACAUGGUGGUGGUAAAAGGUGUGCUGUACCUGAGUGCACAAAGAGUGCCAGGGGAAGGACGGACUUCUGUGUCCGUCAUGGUGGGGGCAGGAGAUGCAAGGUUGAAGGGUGUGGCAAGAGUGCACAAGGUAGCACUGACUUCUGUAAGGCCCAUGGUGGAGGGAAAAGAUGCUCCUGGGGUCAUCCUGGUUCAGCAUAUGGACCCCAAGCUACUGGUCCAUGUAACUCAUUUGCAAGGGGGAAAACUGGCCUUUGUGCCCUUCACAGUGGCCUGGUGCAGGAUAAGAGGGUACAUGGUGGUGCCACUAUAGGACCUAUUGUGCAGGAUCCUAAAUGUAAGCUUGAUAAGAUGAAAGAGGUUGUUACGAGUGAUGACAAGAAUGUGGAUUCCCUGAAGGUCGGGAAUGCAGGAACUUCAGGAGGUGGAACUCAUUCAGAUUCCAAGCAUGGAAUACCCAAUGUCCCAAAAUCCCAUAUCAAAUCAAAGUCUGUUUUCGUUCCAGAAGGUCGGGUGCAUGGUGGAAGUUUGAUGGCAAUGCUAGCAGGCAGUUCUGGUCUUAACUCCAACAACAGUGCAGGUGCACAGGAAGAAUCAUUGGAGAUUGAGAGGUCUAGUGUCAUGCCUCAGAGGUGGAUGUAAGUGUUAAUGUCCUUCUGCUGCAAUGAAGGGUUUAGGGAAAGUUUGCAUGAUGCCUCCCUGAGAGGCGAUGCAAACUUUAUAUUAUCUUGUCAAUUUUCUCUUAUUGGUCUUGGCGGUUAGCAAUGUCUUCCUGCAGGUCUCUAUGUGGUUUGUUUUUAGUCUGUUGGUCAUUUGGUGUUUGAAUUUGCUGGUUCUAGGAUGGUAGCUUGAAUAACAUUUGGGUAAUUAAUUAGGAUUAGUAGCAUUUGAGUCAGGUGUUUGGUUUGGUGUUCAUUAAUGUAAAUAUCUAUAUAUGUCAUUAGCCAGGUUAUUGUUAAUACAGGCUAUAUCACCUCAGAGGUCAGGCAGUCAGUUUGUCAAACAUUCUGGUUAUAAUAAAGCCUUCCCUGUCCUGUGCUUAUAUUUAA